GAAUUGGGCUUUUGUCUUCCUGUCAGAGCAGACGACCCAAAGCGCUACUGGUAGCGGGAUUGUAUACAUUCUCUUUCACAACGACGUGACUGCAAGAAAACUAACUGGUACUGGUAGCCAGCUUCCAGACGACUUGUAUCAUUUUUCCCUACCAGGAAGUUUAGAUCAUCCACUCCCCCUCGCCUACAACAAUAAUUGUCAUUACAGGUGAAGGUGCUGCGCAUUCCGCUUAGAAUCACUGAGGAUACAGUUUCGAAGACCAUUGGUACCUUGACCACCAACCCUAUCAUUGUAGGAUACAUUACCGGAUACGUUGCACCUGUCAACCGUCAUCUAUCAGGAGUGCUGUUAGGUGUAAAUAGGUCUAUAGCGAUUUAUAGAGCACCACUAUGCAGUUUCUAAGUGCUUUCACGGUUUUGAUACUUUUGGCAGUUGAAAGCCAGGGGUUUUAUUACUGCAGUUUCGACGAGGAGAUCAACCCGACGUGUGGCUGGGAUCUGGACAUCGCAAAUAGUGAUUAUCCCUGGAUCCUGAAGUAUGGACCGUCCCCGCAACCACGUACUGGGCCACCAACUGACCGAUCUGGAAGCGGGAAAUACUUACUAGCUCGGUCGUCAACCAUCAAACCGAACGGCGAGCUCUUACCUGUUGGGCGUGGUCAGCGGUUUCGCCUGUCGAGCCCCUCCCUCGAUACAGCCAAUCGGCGCCUUCUCCUCCGUUUUUACUAUUACAUGUGGGGCAGGAACAUCGGUGUCCUGAAUGCUUUCGUGGUGGUUCGGGGUGAAAGGAAGAGCCCUCGACCAUCAUGGCGGCAGGCUGGAGCUCAGCAAGACAUGUGGCUCGUAGGAGAGAUCAGGUUGCCAGCUAAUUCUACAGUAAAGGUCAUAUUUGAGAUGGUAAGCGGUAGAGGACUCAUGGGAGAUGUGGCUAUCGAUGAUAUUUCCGUUCUCCAAUAUGUUAUGGAUUGUACUUUCGAGGAUGAGAUCCCAAGUAAAGGGUGUAACUUCACUCAGGAGAGUAGCGAUAAUUUGAGCUGGAGCAUCAACAGCGGGAAGACCCCUACAAAACGAACGGGUCCAACCCGGGACCACACCCUCCAAAACCCGAGAGGGACAUACAUGUACCUGGAAUCCUCGACCAGGAGGCCGGGGAAUGCCUCCCUCAUCAGUCCGGUGUACAUCAAGGAUGUCGGCCAGGCUUGCAACGUCUCCUUCUUCUACCACAUGUACGGUGACGACAUCGGCUUCCUCAAGGUCUAUGUGCGGACGUUGACGAACUCGAGCGAUUUCGGCACGCUGCUAUGGCAGAAACAGGGCGAACAGGAGAAGGAAUGGUUGGAGGGCCUCACGAACGUUGACGAAUAUGGAGGGCGUUAUCAGAUAAUUUUGGAAGGCGUCCGAGCUCGUGGAACGUUUGGAGACAUCGCGAUCGAUGACUUUAAACUGAUAGGUCCCGGAUGUCUCAAUCAGGAAUACUACGAUAUGAAUCGUCCCGAUUUAUGUGCCAAUCUGCCAUGUCAAAAUGAUGGAGUAUGCACGAAUACUGUUGAUGGAUCAUUUACAUGUAACUGUACUUCGAACUGGACUGGUCGUGUCUGUGAUACUGAAGUAAAACCAGAUGCCUGUUCAAGCAGCCCUUGUAUGAACGGCGGCCUGUGUGUCCUCAUCAACUACACAGAUACAAGCAUGCCAGGAGGAAUGACGCCUCCUCCCCCGUUUUCUUCAGACGUGACCCCAGGACAGAACUUGAGGCCUCCCAUCGGGAAUCAAUCUCUAUGGUUCGGGAAUCAGACAGACUUUUACGGGAAUUGGUCAGUGCCUAGCGGUAACGAGACCACUUUUACCGGUAACUGGUCAGAUCCGAUCGAACCUGAGCAAGCCUUCACAUGUGUCUGUGAGGUCGGUUGGACCGGGUCACUUUGCAAUGACGAGGACUUAUACUUAGACCCUUGUCUGAACAACCCCUGUGCUCAUGGAGGAACUUGCCGUCAUAAUUUCACCGAAGACGCUCAAUACACUUGUGAAUGUACACCUGGAUGGGAGGGGGUCAACUGCGAAGAUGCAUGUGCUGACCAACACCACAGCUGUGCAUACUGGGCUGCUAUCCGUGAAUGUGAAAAGAACCCGAACUACAUGCUUGUAUACUGCAGAUUGAGCUGCGGUGUAUGCAAGGAAUAUGUUUGUGAGGAUAAAGACACUCGAUGUCCUCGAUGGGCUGCUGAAGACGAAUGUAUGAGAAAUCCACUUUAUAUGCUUGGACAAUGUCAAAAGAGUUGUUCCGUUUGUAUCGAUGAUGAGUGUUUCUCAAACCCUUGUUUCAACGAUGGAGUUUGUACUGAUGGGAACAGCUCUUACACAUGCACAUGCCCUCCUGGGUUCGAAGGAGUAGAAUGUGAAAUAAACAUUGACGAGUGUACUAGCGCCCCCUGUCUCAAUGGCGGCGUUUGCGUUGAUGGGGCUAAUAAUUACACCUGCAAUUGCACCGAAGACUAUGAAGGAAAUGAUUGUCAGCUAAGAGUUGAUGAAUGCAGUGCUAGACCCUGCCUUAAUGGAGCAACUUGUACACUCACUGACACACACUUCAACUGCACAUGCGCAAAAGGGUUUGAAGGCGAAACAUGCGAAAUAGAUAUCGAUGAAUGCGUCGAUACACCGUGUUUGAAUGGUGGCACAUGUAUUGAUCAACCUGGUGGUUUUCUUUGUAACUGCACCGAGGAGUGGACAGGCGUCACAUGUGAACAAGAUUUUAACGAAUGUCAGAGCAACCCUUGUCUUAAUGGAGGAUCUUGUUACCAUGGCAUCGGACAAGCACUCUACUUCUGCCAUUGCCUGGAUGGAUGGGAAGGAACAAAUUGCAAUGAAGAGAUCAACGAGUGUGCCAGUCUUCCUUGUGAAAACGGAGCGACUUGCAUCGAUGCAUUCAACGCCUUCAGCUGCGCAUGCGUACCUGGAUGGUCUGGCAUCACCUGCAGCACCAAUAUUGAUGAAUGUGCAAGCGGGCCUUGUGAGAACGGAGCAACAUGUCUUGACUAUGUUGAUCGCUAUUAUUGCUUAUGUGAAGAAGGAUUAUCUGGUGUAAAUUGUGAAAUAGAUAUUGACGAAUGCGAAAGUGAUCCGUGCAAUAAUGGAGCAACCUGUGUGGAUCAGCGGAAUGGCCAUUUAUGUAUGUGUCCUGACAAUUGGACGGGGCGAUACUGCGAAAUUAGAAUUACGACCACAGUUCCUACAACCACGAUAACCACCACAACUGUGGCUACAACAACUGAGGACUGGGUACCCAGUAUAUUUGAGGAAUCUUCAUACGAUGAGGGAAGUUGGUUUGACACAACCACAGAAGAAGCUCCAACACCACAGAGAGCAACUGGGCCUACAACAACAGAGAGAGCAGCUACAAACACACCACAGAUCACCACAACGAUUCUAACAACGGCAGCAAGAACAACUACCACAAGGAUCAGAACAACUCCAGUGGCUACCACGACACCCACAACCACCAGACCACCAACAACAACGACAGCACCACCACCAACAACGCCCACAACAAGACCAGCUACUACAACACCAGCAACUACUAAAGUUCCAACAACCACAGACAACAACGAGAUUCCAGUGGGCACGGUGAAAGGGCAGACAACAGCCAAAAAUGGCGGGAACAAAAUUCCAAGGGGCCAUGGCAGCGCAGCCAGAAAUGGCGCGCAGGCGGAAAAUAAAAUCAUUAUAUUAUCGACAGUGCUCGGUGGACUUCUUCUCAUCGUCAUCGUAUGCAUUCUUCUUGUCAUCAUCGUCCGAAUGAGGAAAAAUGCUGGCCUAGCGAACUAUCAUCAAUUUACUAUGGAAGAGGCCGAUAAACCAGCCUCUGAACCACGUGGAUGGCAUGAACUUAAAUUCAGAUCUUUUGGGGACACUUACAAUCGACUAGAUGAUAAUGAUGCAAUAUAACAUUGUUUUCAAUGAAAACACAUUUUGUACUCGAUUUUUAAGCAUUUUUAUUCAGUUUUAUGACUAGAAUGGUUGCUAUAUAUGUUUCAUUUGCUCCUAUGAUGAAAAUAAUAAAUCGGUAUGGUUCAUUCUUUUAUCUCAUGGGUUUGUAUUUAUCAUAAGAACACAAGUAAACUAUUCAACAUUCGGACAAGACUAUAAGUAAACGGUUUGCUGAUUGGUUAACGUAUCUGGAAGUUCCAAACUGAAGCGCAGUUCUCAUCUUUCCUGCAGUUUUCAAAUUACAUUCCUUCGAAUCGCCUAAUAUCUAAUCAUUUUCUAUGAGAGCCCUUCGCAUUUUUUUCCCGAUUUCACUCCAUAAUAAUAAGCACGCAUUUAGCAAGCACAAUUCAUUUCUAUAAUUGUAGAUUGUUGUCUCAUACGGUUUAUGAAAUUAUGUCAUUACGUCAUCAAUGUUCCUGAAUACAUUUCAAAACGAUGCCCAUUUCCCCUUGAUUCAUUCGUUGCUAGCUCGUCCCUAUUUUUUUAUUGAAUAAUAAAAUCAUUGAGGCCAGAAAGUUAGUUGAAUACUGUUUUUAUAUUAGAAUUAUCUUGUACAGUAUUUAAUCCUACAAUAACAUUUAAUAAAGCAAUAAUAAUAUUUUGAAAAGGUUGAAAAGCACUUUAUUUUGACUUAAGGGGUAAAUUAGUGUUUUAGUUUUGGAGUGUGGGGCAAAAGGGUAUUUUCAAAAGAAAGGGGGAGAAAAUCAAAAGGAGAAUUCUUUCGCCUUUCCUCCAAUUGUCAUGCUUCGUACACCUCUUGAUAUUUUUUAUUUUAUAUUUUGCACAUCAAAUCUAUA